AUGACUUACGAAUCAGAAGAAGAUAGUAUAGAAACUGAUAAUACAACGAUAAUGUCUAAUGCUAAUUCAGAUUCAAGAAUAUUGGAAUGUGAAAUUUUUGUAAUAUCUACCACAACUGCUAGUUUGGAAUCUGAAGUAGCACAUAAAGAUGGUUCACAGUAUGAAUUACUAAAAAUUGUACCAAAGCAACCAAGAUCGAACAUUUUCUCACCAUUUAAACCAUUAUACAAGAAAGCAAAAAUUUUAAGUUCUAAAUCCCAACAACAUAAUUCUUGA